AUUUUUCAUUGGGUUUUGGGCUGUUAUUAGCGGACAUUUCCUUUUUUUAUUCUUUUGAAUCGUUGACGAAUAUGAAAACAAAUUCAUUAUUCGUGUGCUUGUUAUUGUGUUUCCAAAGGUUUUUCCAAGGCUGGGAGCCAACAAUAGCAAACGUCCGGUGAAAAAAAAAUUUGGAAUCGAAUUGAUUGGCACAAUUUUUGCCUUUCGGGGUUGAUUAUCAACAGAAGAGAGGGUGCUGAGCAAGAUAUUAGUUACCCUGAGGGAUAUAACCUCUACGUCAUGACUUAGGGGGGGUCAGUAACAAAAUCAACGUCCACAUUUUAACACUGGAUUUUUAUCUCGAGAAACGAGAGAAAAUGAGCAGAACUUAGUUGCUAAAAAUUGGUAAUUAAAACAGUGGACACAAUUGCAAGAAAAAAUGUGGGAACCUCUACACCGUUCGAAAAUUAUGAUCCCUCAACUCCGAUUGAACUCUGAGAUCUAGACUUUUGAAGACAAGCUCACGAAUAACUGACGAUUUAUUGGUCAUUUGACCUUAAAUAAUGUAAUUUUGUUGGCAUAAAUAAUCAUAUACUUUUUUUUGAAGGAUUUUCUUCUUGAUAUUCAUCAUCAUGAAUGGCGUAGGGACAAAAUGAUUCUCUGCAUUCCUACUAUCAUCCCCAACUCUGUAUUUUAACCUCGAAAAGCGAAAAAAAUCGGAAAAUCAAUUCUCAAAACCCUGGCUUCAAUAAAUUAAACUAACAAUUGAAACUGUAAAGACAAACCCUGAAAUAAUUGACGAAUUAUCCUUAAUCUUUCGUCACAUAAUUCGAUCCAACAACUAAAUAAAAAAAUACACAAACAUUGCGCAAUAGAAUGCAAGGGGCAAAAAUUGUGUCAAAGAAUAAUGCCCCAGAGGCAAAUAAAAAACACCCGAGACUUGCCAAUUAAUUUAUGCACAUGAAAAUGCACACAUGGACUAGCUCGUCUAUUCUGUUUUUGCAUUCGGAAGUGACAGAACGAGCCACUGUAAUUGCCACUAACUCCCCGAGGUCACAGUUUUUAAUUUCCUUGUUAUAUUUUCAUUCAAUUCAAUGAUAACUCGUUCCCCCAAUUCCAUUGAAUUCAGUAUUUUCACAGAACAGUAUUUUUGAAGAUCACUUCGAACUCUUCAAGUUGUGGAGAGGAAAAAAAAAUCAUGACAAUGAUCAUCAUAAAAAAAAUACAACGGCCUCGACGAUGUUCCCACGUAUCGUACGCAUUUCCUCUUUCCUGUCUCGCUAAAAACCUAGAUGAUCUCCAUCGAGUCGCCGCGCAUCUCAAUGCUAUGACGAUCACCUCCUCUCGACGUGCCCCCCAGGAUCGUCAGUUCCCGAUCAUCUAUCUCCAAUAAUGCCCCACCAGUUUGGUCUGCCAGCGAUGGCACACGGCAUGCAGUCCCCUCCGUCCCCCACCGCGGUAAUGUCGUACCCCCGUUUUGGCACUAAUGUCUACCGUCCGGACCAUCACCAGGAUCAGAAGCUGACACGAGAAGCAAUGGAGCGUUACCUCCGUGACCGCAGUGACAUGGUGAUAGUGAUUCUUCACGCCAAAGUCGCCCAGAAAUCUUAUGGCAAUGAGAAGAGGUUUUUCUGUCCUCCUCCCUGCAUCUACCUAUUCGGCGAUGGCUGGAGGAUGCGUCAGGAGCAGAUGCUGAGAGAGGGUGAGAGUGAACAAUCCGCCCAGCUCUGUGCAUUCAUCGGAAUCGGCAAUUCCGAACAAGACAUGCAGCAGCUGGACCUCAACAACGGCAAGCAAUAUUGUGCAGCAAAAACCCUGUACAUUUCGGACUCUGACAAGCGAAAGCACUUCAUGCUGUCAGUUAAAAUGUUUUAUGGAAGUGGUCACGACAUCGGGGUCUUCCACAGCAAGAGGAUAAAGGUGAUAUCGAAGCCCUCGAAGAAGAAACAGUCCCUGAAGAACGCAGAUCUGUGCAUAGCCAGUGGUACGAAGGUCGCGCUGUUCAACAGGUUAAGAUCCCAGACAGUGAGCACAAGGUACCUCCACGUGGAGAAUGGCAAUUUCCACGCCAGUUCGACCCAGUGGGGGGCCUUCACAAUUCAUCUGCUUGAUGAUAAUGAGUCCGAGUCGGAGGAGUUCCAGGUUCGUGAUGGUUACGUUCAUUAUGGUAGCACCGUGAAGCUUGUUUGCUCAGUAACAGGCAUGGCCCUUCCCAGACUCGUUAUCAGGAAGGUGGACAAGCAAAUGGCAAGCCUGGAGGCUGACGAUCCUGUAUCGCAGCUACACAAGUGCGCUUUCUACAUGAAGGACACUGAUCACAUGUACCUGUGCUUGAGUCAGGAGAGGAUUAUUCAGUUCCAGGCUACGCCCUGUCCAAAGGAGGCCAACAAGGAGAUGAUCAAUGAUGGUGCAUGUUGGACUAUUAUCAGUACUGACAAGGCGGAGUAUCAGUUCUUUGAGGGAAUGGGUCCUGUCAGAUCGCCAGUGACCCCAGUCCCUCUUGUUCACAGUCUUCAUCUUAAUGGAGGUGGGGAUGUUGCCAUGUUGGAACUGAAGGGGGAUAAUUUUACUCCUAAUCUUCAGGUGUGGUUUGGAGACGUGGAGGCUGAGACCAUGUACAGGUGUCAGGAGAUCAUGCUCUGCGUUGUACCGGAUAUAUCGUUGUUCAGGGGUGAGUGGCUUUGGGUUAGGCAGCCCACACAGGUACCUGUUUCCUUGGUCAGGAAUGAUGGAAUUAUUUAUGCCACUGGACUCACUUUUACGUACACACCGGAGCCAGGGCCCAGGCCACAUUGUCCACCUGCUGACGAGAUCAUGAGGGCUCCCAGGGCUAUUGGGCACAAUCAGGCCAGUAUGCCACCUGCUAUCGCUGAUGUUCCUUGGAAUUCUCAUCAUCCACCCACGCAACCUGGGCUUUGAUACUCCGGGGGGCUGCAGGAACGAUCACGAUGAGGGAAUUUUGGGAUUCCGGGGGGAAGAAACGUGAUGGGAGAGUUUAGUUAGGAUUUUUUUUCAAUGAAAAGUCGACCGAAAUACAUGGGCGAUUGGUAAAAAUGAAAAAAUUGUCUCAUUACGUUUCACCUCAUCGCCCCCUCGAGGUAAUAGUGCUCCACUCAUAAAGGACUGUUUCGUAGAUGUUAAAUACGGAAAGGAUGUGUGUAAUAAUUUAUGAUUUUUAAUACCAGAAAGAGAUAUUUCUAUUAUUCUUCGCGUGUAGAGGGGCUCAAAGAAUAGUUCCUCAUUAAGAAUAUAUAUAAUAAUUAAUUGUAAGAGUAAAAUUUUACUUCAGUUGAACAUUAUUGCUCAUUUAGAAUCAUCCCUCUGGAUGUCACGUUUCAUUUGAGUUUAGCUGCAAUGUCUCAUUUUAUCUCAUCCAGUGAUUUUCAAUUACUAAUAAUUAACUACAGUGAAUGUAAAUAAAAAAAUGUCUGAGUGAGCGGACAAGUGUGGAUCAACGAGUGCAAAUAGCGACAUCUUAGUCGAUUUUAUACGAUAUCCUAUAAAUCAUUGAUGUAAAUACAAAAUUAAUCUUGACAUUAUAAAAAAUUAAGCAUGUUUUACAGAGAAUUCAGAAGCGAAGUUGAUUAUCUGUUAAAUCAUCAAGAUGAUAAUGGGAAUAUCUCUGCAACGGCUGAGUGUACAAAAAACAGUCACAAGAGAUUUGUUGCAGGAAAUUUCCCGCUCUGCAGAAAACAUUCUCUGACAAUUUCUUCUAAACCCCCUCAUUCUUGAGAUAAUCUAACUUUUAGUAAAAAAAAAACUUUCAAUUUUUGUAUCAAAGUUUUAUGACUUCGCGGCUGAAUAAAAUAUUGGAUGUGAGAUAAAAACUUCAAACUUCUGUAAAUACAACGGCAUAAUAACUCCAUAUAUAGUGUAUGGAUAUUAUACAUAUGUACACACACAAAAACAAACCUAUAAACUCCUUUAAUCGUAAGAAAAUCCUAGGAACUAACUAUAUCUCUGAUAGUUUAACGAAAGGAUUAAAAAACUGAGUUUGUAAUGGAAUAAAGACAGCAGAUGAGUGAGAAAUAAAGUGAGUAUCCAAUUUU